AGGUACCCAGUCAUCAUGGCGGCCCUUGCCAGUGGAGAGAACGGCCGCUAUUUUGCCUGUUAUUCUUCCAUUCGGCCAACGGGAUCACUGGUGUCUUGCCAUGGCUACUGUGCGACUGCUGGAUCUCUGCAGGACACGCACAUUAUUAGGUCCUCUACUCCAUGAAGCAACCACGGCAAUAAGCAGAGCAGCACGGGUCCCCAAGCAGCAUCUCCAUAGCGGAGCGGCUGGGCGGGGUGCUACCAGGAAGGACACCACCAGGCUUAUGCUGGACAACGAGUAUGUGGUGGCCAAGGACACGCUGCUUUACAAGAACGAAAAUAAGGGGUUCUACAGGAUGAUCAACUUCUUCGGGCUGUCACAGUUUGUGUUCUGGACUUACCUGAGCCACUUUGCGUACACCACCAUGAAGAGUGUGGAGAUUCCCGAGGAGCAGAAGAACAACAAGGCACUCUCCUGGUGGAAAAGGACGGACUUUGGCCAGUACAGGAAUGGAAUCACACUUGGAAGUUUUAUAAUUGGCUGGGGCACCAUGGGGAUCUGCUGGAUGUACACCCUGCGCUCAGUCAGUGGCAUGGUGCUGAAAAGGGGCGGCCAGAACCUUCUUCUCUUCACCUUCACUCCUCUGGGCCGAAACAGGUCCUUGCUGGUGCCAAUAGAAAAGGUGUCAGCAAGGCAGAGCCGCACUGCAUCCCGGGUGCACCUGCCCCUUAAGGUUCAGGGGAAGGCUUUCCACUACCUCCUGGACAUGAAAGGCGACUUCACCAACUCCAAGCUGUUUGAUUACUCUGCAGGCAUCAGGAGAAACUGGGCCCGAUGAGACAGCAGCAGGCCGGGGAGCUGUGUUGAAUUACAGUGCAAAGGCAGGUAGAGGCCAGGGCUGUUCACCGGCCCUUCACAGCAGUAUAGUGACUGUGGUGGAACUGUGAAUGUUGUGUGGGGAAGGACACAACAAGAAAGAUGAUGUGCAAAGAGAUAUAUAGGCAAGUGUUCAGUGCCAUCCCUUCCUUUAGCCAGCCAUUGCCUUGCAUACUUGGUUAAGAGUAAGAUGCUGCUGUUACCACGAAUAAGACUGUGUGCUGUCACUGAAAUGUGUAGACUAGACUUGUUUGUUGCAUCAAGAGUGUAGAUACAACUUAAAAGACACAAGUUAACUGGAAAAUACAAAGCUGUACAUAUAAUUGUUUUUCUUUCUUUUUCUUUUCACUGUAUAAAAUGUGCAGUGUUGAAAUUGACGGUCACUGGUAAUGUCUUGUUUCAGUUCAGUUGUAUAAGUGUAUGAGUAAUUCUGAUUAUGCAAAAUGCUAAUGUCAAUUUCCUAAAAUCUGAACAGGUAGUGAUUAGAUUAAUAUUUUCAAGACUUAUCAUGUUAGAAGAGUUACAAGCAUCGUGGUCAAACAGCAUCUUGUUCUAUUCACCAGACAGGUUGACUUACACAUGAACGCUGUACAUACCACGCUGCACAAAGCACAAUAACAACUUUUUACUUGCAGCAGCUGUUGUAGAUGAUCAAAAUGUUAUUAAAUGUUUUCACACA